AUGAUCUUUGUAAAACAUAUUUUCUUAUUAUAUAUCAUAAGUCUAUUUCUUAAUAAUUUGAAUACACUCUGUAAUUCUUUAAAAUCCCCCAAAAAAAAACAUAUCGGUUUAUUAUAUAAAUUAAGUAAACGAAAUAACAAUAAAAAUGUCGCUAUUAAAAAGAAGCUCUUUGUUUUUCCUUUAUGCUUUAUAAAAGUAUAUCCUUUCAUUUUUAAAAACAAAGUAGCCUUUCAAAAUGUAGAGGAUAAUUAUGUGUAUACCUUAAAAAGAAUGGAAAGAAAUAAAUGGAGGAUGCAAGACGAAAGGAAAGUAAUACAAAAUGAACAAAAUGUUUGUAAUAACACAAAUAAGGGCUUUUCAGAUCUGGAUGGGAAUUCCUUGGAUGCAGCUAGAUAUUCGAAAAAUAUUGUGGAAAAUAUGAAUCACACGGGAUAUAAAAAAGAUAGUGAUCAUAAUAAUGAAAAUAUUAAUAAAAAAGAUAGUAAUCAUAAUAAUGAAAAUAUUAAUAAAAAAGAUAGUGAUCAUAAUAAUGAAAAUAUUAAUAAAAAAGAUAGUGAUCAUAAUAAUGAAAAUAUUAAUAAAAAAGAUAGUGAUCAUAAUAAUGAAAAUAUUAAUAAAAAAGAUAGUGAUCAUAAUAAUGAUACUAUUAAUAAAAAAUAUAGUGAUCAUAAUAAUGAUAGUAUUAAUAAAAAAUAUAGUGAUCAUAAUAAUGAUAGUAUUAAUAAAAAAGAUAGUGAUAAUAAUAAUGAUACUAUUAAUAAAAAAGAUAGUGAUCAUAAUAAUGAUAAUAUUAAUAAAAAAGAUAAUGAUCAUAAUAAUAAUAUUAAUGCUUGUAAUAAUAAUGGUAAGGUUUCUAGUAAGGGAAAGAAAAGGAUAAUUGAAACGGAUAUGUAUGGGUUACCUAAAGAAAAAUUAAAUAUAAAAAGACAAACAAACAAAAAUAUAAAAUCAAAAUAUGGUUAUUGUAAAAUAAAAACAUAUAAUGAAACGAUAAAUGUAAAUUAUAGAAAGAAGAAGAUAUUAAGUAUCCUUGAAGGUACUCUUAAAAAUAAAAGGCUUUAUUCACCAGAUACGUAUACACGACCUAUGAUGAGUAAAGUAAAAGAAUCUAUAUUCAAUAUAUUAACACAUUUAAAUAUAUUAAAUGGAUAUAAUAUAAAUGUAUUAGAUGUAUUCACCGGUAGUGGUAACUUAGGAAUCGAAUGUAUAUCAAGAGAUGUAAAGAAUGUAACUUUUGUAGAUUUAUCAUUAAAUUCUUGUAGAACAGUUUUUGAAAAUUUAAGGCUUUGUAAUAUAUAUGAUACAAAUAAAAAAAUAAUUAGAGCAGAUGCUAUGGAAUUAUUACAAAAUCCUUAUAAAUUUAAUGUACAUGAAAAAUAUAAUUUAGGAUUCUUUACACCACCAUAUGAACAAAUUAUAUAUAGUGAUUUAAUACACAACAUAUCAAAUAGUAAAUUAUUUGAGGAAGAUGGUCUUAUAUUUAUUGAGUAUCCAAAAGAAAUUAAUCUCCUCCCAAAAAAAGUAGGAAAUCUAAUUGGCUUAAGAAAUAGAAAAUUUGGAAGAACUUAUUACACACUUUAUGUUAUUAACAGUACAGGUAAAUAUAUUCCUUAUCAAAAUGAAAAUGAGUUUUACCCGCUUCACUAUAAUAGGAAACAAAGGAGGCAAGAAAAAUAUAUAGAAUAA